CUCUGCUGACAGUAGUAAACACACACACACACCCCCUCUCGUUCACACACACACUCCCGCUACUGUCAGCGCGGCUCUCUCCGCUCCAGUCCUCGCGCCCCCGGCAGACAGCGCUGCUCCGCGGCUCGCAGCUCGCGCCAAACUCCGCCGUCGCCUGGAAGAACCCGAGGAGCAAAAGUUGGGACGCUGACUGAGGGACCAUGAGCUCCAAGGCGAUGGAGAGCAUGAAUCUGUCCGAGUACCAGACCAAAGUGCUGGAGGAGAAUUUCAAGUUGAGCAAACACCCGGAUGACACCGAUGUGAUGCUGAUCGCGGCCGAGUCCGGACUCUCCGAGGCGGACACGCAGAAGUGGUUCACGCUCCGGACAGCGGAGUGGCGGAAGGCCGAAGGUCUUCCUGCGGAGCAAGGAUCCGUGCUGGACUGAGACUCCCCAACCUGGUCACCCCCCGACCCCCAUCCCCCUCUCAUAUCACUAAAGUUAUUAUGACGUCUGUAAUGUGAAGCUGUUUGUUUGUCCGCAUAUCACCUUGUUUACACCAAUAAAGUGAAGUGAAGUGAGUCUGCUUCGGUCUGUCGCCAGCUUCUGAGAGGUGUCAGGCCCCUCGGUGAUGUCACUCAUGACUGACCUUGAGGAGGCACAUCACAUGACUUGCCCUUCAGAG